GUGAAUGAAUUUAUAUGGAAAAUAAAUCAAGGGGCCCACGAAUAGAGCCCAGAUUCCUUUUGACAGUCUGUACUCAUCUCGUGGUCUUUGCUUCUCUCAAUAUUCACUCUCUGUCCUCUUUCUUUACCCAAAAGAUUUUAUUAUUGUUAAAACAUCUCUGUGGAGAUCACUAGCUUCUUUCCACUGCCAAGCUCUAAUGGCUGCCAUUAUUGAAUCUGGGUGGCUGUAUCUAAUCACACAUUUCAGCGACUUCCAAUUAGCAAGUCUGGGAAGUUUCUUUCUUCAUGAAAGUGUUUUUUUCUUAUCUGGACUUCCAUUUAUAUAUCUUGAAAGAGCCGGAUUGCUAAGCAAAUACAAGAUUCAGACAAAAAACAACAGCCUUGCUGCCCAAGAAAAAUGUAUCACCCGCCUGCUUCUAUAUCAUGUUGGUGUCAACCUACCGCUUAUGAUUGCAUCUUAUCCUUUCUUCAGAUUCAUGGGCUUGAGAAGUAGUCUACCAUUUCCAUCCUGGAAAGUGGUUCUAUCACAGAUAAUAUUCUACUUCAUCCUGGAGGAUUUUGUUUUUUACUGGGGACAUCGUAUUUUACAUACAAAAUGGCUGUACAAGCAUGUGCAUAGUGUCCAUCACGAGUAUGCAACACCAUUUGGACUGACAUCCGAGUAUGCUCACCCUGCUGAGAUAUUGUUCCUCGGCUUUGCAACAAUAAUUGGCCCUGCCAUAACUGGCCCGCAUCUGAUUACUCUUUGGCUGUGGAUGGUUCUUCGAGUCCUAGAGACAGUUGAGGCACAUUGUGGUUACCAUUUUCCAUGGAGCCUCUCAAACUUUCUACCUAUAUAUGGGGGUGCUGAUUUUCACGACUAUCAUCACCGAUUGCUUUAUACAAAAUCUGGAAACUACUCAUCUACAUUUGUUUACAUGGACUGGAUAUUUGGUACCGACAAAGGUUACAGAAAACUGAAAGCACUAAAACGCGAUGGAGUCGGCGACGAAGGCAAGCAAACAUAAUCGAGAUGAUUGGUUUCGAGGGCCUGACCUGUAGAAAGAGGGGUUUUCUCAUUGUGAGCUUUCUGCAAUCCAACGUUUUUUGUUGUUUAAUUGCUGUUUUUAUGUUUUUGCAGCAUCAUAGGAUAAGGUUUCUUCCAACAUUUGACAUUUCUCUGUGUAACCUUGCAUGAAUGAAGUUGCUGUCCUAUUUUCAA